GCAAUACGUAGACUUAGCUUAGGUCGGGGCCCGACCGCCGCACGGCAUUAUUCGUUGUGACGCGGCAGCCGGCAGCCGACUGACUUCUAAACGAUCCUUGACGCUCUUCGGAAAACACAAUAAACAUGUCCAUCUCCGAGUUCAGACGGAAGAAGCUCCUCUAUGUCUUCAACGUUUUCUUCGAUGUCAAUCAGAGCGGUACUAUUGAACGAAAGGACUUCGAGCUGGCCAUAGAGAAAAUCUGCAGUCUGCGCGGCUGGAAGCCUGGUGAUGCUAAGCACUCAGAGACUCACGAAGUAAUGAUACAAAUCUGGGACGGUCUUAGAAAACGAGCUGACUCCAAUAAAGAUGGGCAGGUAUCCGUAGAAGAAUGGGUGUCCAUGUGGAACGACUACGCUCAGAACCCGUCCGCGGCUCUCAAGUGGCAGCAGCAGUACUGCCACUUCAUGUUCCAGCUGGAAGACGCGAGUGCUGAUGGCACCAUUGAUUGUGACGAGUUCACCACAGUCUGCUCUUCUUAUGGCAUCAAUCCGCAGGAAUGCAAAGCCGCUUUUGGCAAGAUGGCUAAGGGCAAGGCAAACGUCUCGUGGGAGGAGUUCCAGGAACUUUGGAAGGAGUAUUUCUCCACUGAGGACCCUAACGCGCCCGGAAACUUCAUUUUUGGAAGGACCAGCUUCUAAGGGAAACCCGUGGAAAGAUCUAGAACAUUCCAUUUAGAUUCGAGGACCGUUUUAAAUCGAGUCCAACGCGGGCACAAUUGGAUUAAAUUUUCUGAAAUAAUGAACGCCCGCGGGGACUGCGUCAACAUUACAUUUUAAUUUUGCGUGGUGUUCAAAAUGUAUUAGCGUAAUUUACUCUUCUAUAGUCUUUCUAGACUCGUUUUCAUCCUCUUAAAGCUCAAAUUAGAAAUUUUCAAUCUUAGCUAUAUACAACGAACGUUUACGAAUAUUUCUUGUAAUUGUAAUUGUGGUUCGAAAUUCUUUUUAAUAGUGUUUAAUUUUUUUUUAAUCAAUCGAAUAUUAAGAUAACUGCCAUCAACGCAAACAUAUUCAAUUCCAAUUUUAAAACAUUUAUUAUAUACUAUUGGAAUUUUAAUUAUUUGUUUGAAAUUUAUAAAUUUUAUCGUUAUAAUCCGCUAUUACACACCUAGAUCAAUUUAUUGUAUGUAUAUAUUAUAAUUAAAUAAUUGAAAUAAAUGAUUUAAUGUCCUUCC